CUCCUUACCCAUUCCCUCCUCUUGCAAAAAACAGGGUCGGAAAACCCUAAACUCUUUAAUCCUCUCAAAUAACAACGCAAAAUUUCCGAUCAAGAUGAACAAUCUUAUGACGGAAUCAUUUGAAAGGGUGAUCGGCCGUUACCCUGGAGAAGGAGGGUUCGAUUCGGGGAGGUUUUCGUCCGACGCAAGAGAUAUGGGAAUGGAAGGGUUUUUUAAACAGGUUGGAGAAAUAGAGAAAUUAAUAGAGAGGAUCACCACUCAACUGCAUAAGCUUCAGGCUGAAAAUGAGGAGUCCCAGCAUGUGACAAAGGCCUCGGCAAUGAAAGCAAUCAAAGAAAGAAUGGAGAAGGAUGUCGAAGAAGUCGCGAAAAUUGCGCUGAAAGUGAAAACAAGCCUCGAACAGCUCGAUAAAGAUAAUUUAGCCAAUCAGCAGAAAUCAGGAUGCGAAAAGGGAACUGCGAUCGACCGUUCCAGAAUGGCAAUGACUGUUGCUUUGAAAAAGAAAUUGAAAGAGCGUAUGUCGCAAUUUCAGACUUUUAGGCAAAACAUUCAAGAUGAAUACCGUGAAUUAGUCGAGCGGAGGGUAUUCACAGUAACUGGAACCCGACCUGACGAGGAGACGAUCGAUCAGCUGAUAGAGACCGGAAAUAGCGAGCAUAUAUUCGAGAACGCAAUCCAAGGUUACGGUCGAGGGCAGAUUAUUGACACAGUAGCAGAGAUUCAAGAGCGGCACGACGCCGUCCUCGAGCUAGAGAAGAAGCUUCAUGAUUUGCAGCAAAUGUUCUUGGACAUGGCUGUGUUGGUUGAUGCACAAGGAGACAUGCUGAAUGAUAUUGAAGCUCAGGUCUCCAAUUCAAUUGAUCAUGUCCAGAAGGCAACUGAGACUCUGAAAGUAGCCAAGAAGAUACAGAGGAACACAAGGAAGCAUAUGUGCUUUGCCAUCAUAAUCCUUCUUGUUGUCAUAAUUGUCGCGCUCGCCGCGAUUCUUAAAGGGGCCAAUAUUUCAAUUUAGCACAUGAACAUGUAUGAUGGAUACGAAUUGUUCGAAAUUGCGUGGCGAGAUCUUGUAAUCUGUAUCAAGUAUCAGAAUACAACAUUGUAAUUGUAAUAUACAUCAAAGUGUUAUAAUAUCAAUA